GGGCUACCGCGUGACGUAGUCAAGAAGUAGUGUCCGCAGCAACGUCCUGGAACAGAGUUUGUCGGAUCUGAGCUUAUGCUCCGUGAACGAGACGACGGACCGUCGCUGUCGUUGAGUCGCCUCCCGUAAACUGACCAAAAGCAGCGGAGCAGCACUAUGGCCACAGACGAGCUGUCGUCCAAGCUCAGCCGCCGUCUCCAGAUCGAGGAGGGCGGCGAGGAGCCUGUUGCUGUGGACCUCCACAGACCCGACGACGGCGCCGACGAGAAGCUGAGCACCGCCAACGCGGACUCGGAGCUGGGCGCCAAGCUGCUGCGGCGCGGCGAGCUGAACGAGGGCCACGGGGAGCACGUGCAGCCCAGCGCCAAGGUGUUCAACCCCUACACGGAGUUCAAGGAGUUCUCCCGCAAGCAGAUCAAGGACAUGGAGAAGAUGUUCAAAACGUUUGAUGCGGGAAAAGACAACUACAUCGACCUGAUGGAGCUGAAGCUGAUGAUGGAGAAGCUCGGCGCUCCACAAACGCACAUUGGCCUGAAAAACAUGAUCAAGGAGGUGGACGAGGACCUGGACAACAAACUGAGCUUCAGAGAGUUCCUGCUCAUAUUCAGAAAGGCGGCAGCAGGAGAGCUCUCUGAGGACAGCGGCCUCAGCGUCCUCGCCCGCCUCUCUGAGAUCGACGUCUCCACAGAAGGUGUUAAAGGAGCCAAGACCUUCUUUGAAGCCAAAGUCCAGGCUAUUAGUGAGUCCAACCGGUUCGAAGCUGAGAUCCGCCAAGAACAGGAGGCCAAAAAGAAGCAAGCUGAGGAUCAGAAACAGAGACGAGCCGCGUUCAAGGAGCUGCAGUCGGCCUUUAAGUGACGCCCAGGUUUCUCUCCCACUCAGGACCUUCCUGCCUUCGUACUGAUGCUGUCGCUGUGCCUCAUUGCUGCGUGUGCAGACGGUGGUGUUCAGGGAUCAAAUGAGGCUCAGACCACUGUCCUGCUUUGCCUUUAAAGUCAACGCUAUCUGUGUUUUAAACUGAUCACUUACUACAGAUGCAAAAUUUUUGGACAAUCAAAGACCCUUUACCUAAAUGUAAAACUACAUACAUUCCAACAAAACACUGAUAAUAACUCCACAGGAUCAUUUCCUGCGUUUACAAUCCCUCACUAACGUCGUUGCUUCUGUUCAGGCAGUUUCUCCUGCAUUGAUUGCAUUCACAUUCCUCCCUCAGAACAGAACAACUGAAGACUGAAGCUCUUGUGGCAUUUUACUGCAUUUUUCUUAGUAUUUUUACAGUAUUAAUAAAGUUAACGUGUGAGUAUUAGGACCACAAGUGCAGAAUUAUUUUUUAGAUUUCAUGUGGAGAACAAAAAUGAGAUUCUGAAUUAUCAGUGGCACAACCUCAAGUUCCAAUAGUGUUUCCUGCCACAUCGUGUUCAUCAGCCACAGGACCGACAGGCAGCUGUACCACCAGUUUAUUUUAUUUCAUACCCCGAUCAGAAUCAUUAGCAGUAUCCAUGGCAACAUGUAUUUGCAGGUCAAACAUCCCUGUGCUGAUCUACUCACUAACAUAAAUAUUAUCUUUCUUUAGCUUUUCUGUUAGGUGCUGGUUUGGACACAAAGAUAUCUAGAAGAAUAUCUGGUAAAAACCCAAAUUAUGCAAAAAGGCCUUUUAUAAGUAAAUGUUUUAUUUUUACUGUAGGUUUUCACAUGUCAAGCUGGAACUUCCCCACAGUUUGAGCUCAUAGUCUGUAGAUCAUUCUCUGCACAUCAGAUCACCAUCACUGUUUAGUCCAGUUAAGGCUUUUGUCCGAAAGGUUCACACGGUUUGCACUUGUUCGUUUGAUGCAUCAUAAUUAAUUGUUCAUAUCACCUCCAUUUAAUAGUAGUUCACCUCUUUCAUGAAUUAAUCAUCUGUUAGAGGUGAUGUUGCUUCAGUCCAGCUGCUGUCCGUGUUUUUUAACGCAUCAAUAUCAAGGUCAUGUUAAAAGCCAGCGGUAACUGGUCGGAUGCUCUGACCUUCAGGACCAUCACUUUAGUGAAGUAAAUCAUUUUCCAUUACACGUCACUUUUGGUUGGUUCUGUAUGAGGUGGAAACCUUUUGUUACUUUGUCUAAAACAAGCUGAAAUAAUAGUAACAACAACGCGUUCCGUGUUUUGUAAUUUUGUUUUGCAAAGUUAAGGAUGAGCAGUGAGUAGUUGUCGGAUCUUUGACUUUUUAUACACUAUAAAAAAUAAUAGGUCUCAGGUCAUUUAUAGAAUUCGACCAGUUUAUGGUUCUGAUCUUGAUUUUGUAAAUAUAGAAAACAAAUCAUUUUUAAAAUAUAAGAUCUGCUCUAUUAAUAUAUGCACAUGACUUUGUCUCUUCUUGCUGAUUCUGUCCAGAUUGUUCAACACUGUAUUCUGUCAGACUUGGAUGAAUUUUUGUAACACUGUGUUCACAUGGUUGUUUUCUGAGUUGAGGUUGCAGCAUCUUUCUGUUCCUAACAGCGCACCCUUAAACCCACUCUCUUAUUCACAGGGAUGAUAUCUGACCUACGGUAAUGAAUACAUUUUAAUUUUAAUAGUAUUCCAAACUGUGCCAUCUUGUACUUUAUGCUACAUAGAAAUAUAUUAAUACAUUAGAUUUUGAAUAAAUUUCAUUGCAUAUGGUGCCAAA